UGGAUUUUCCCACCAUAUAUAAAGAGGCGGUUGCUGUUCUAGAGAGAGAGAAGCAUGAGCGAGUAGAGAGAGAAAGCGGGCAAAAGUACAAAUGAAGAAUGUGGGAGCGGUGUAGGUGUAGGUGUAGCAGCGACAAAAAGAGUGCAAACAAAAGGAGGCUUCUCUCUUCUUUGAAAAAACCCUAGCGGAGUUAAAUUCCUGCCCAACCAAUCGGAGUGAAGCGACCCUUUUGGCUCAAGAUCUAGAAACAGUACUGCUUUCAAUUUUUGUGGGUUUUGAGUAAUAGGGCUGGUUGUUAAGAGAAGAAACAGAGGUGGGUUUUUUUGAUAGGGUGCCGGAGGUUUUUGGGUUUUGAAUUGGAAGGUUAUUUUGCGAGGAAUUUGAAGUGAUUCGUGGUUAAUUUUUUUGUGGGCAUUGGGGAAGUCUAGGUUUGGUGGGAAUUUGACGGUGUUGGUGGUAAAUGCGCAAGACGGAUGUGUGUUUUGGUUUUGAGGUUGAAGUGUUGAGGAAAUAUUUAAGCAAACAAGGCUUAUUUUGAUUGUAGAAUCAGGGUUUUUUCGUCGCCUUAAUAUAUGUUGUUAUGUUUGAUGUUGCUAGGCUACUAUAGAAUUGACUAAUUUUGGUUUUUGGAAAAGUAUCUGUGUUUGAAGAAAAUGCUCUGUAUCUGUGAGAACAAAUUGGCGUCUAGUGGCAGUUGUUAGAAUAAUAGAGGUGCUAGCUUACCUCUUUUCUGCUUUAAUUCGAUUUGAUUACACCAUUUGAGAUUUGCACUGGAGCGCUUGGGGCUACCCGGAGGUGUCGCUAUGUCGUCCUUGAGUCGAGAACUGGUGUUCUUAAUACUGCAGUUCUUGGACGAAGAGAAGUUCAAAGAAACUGUACAUAAGUUGGAGCAAGAAUCUGGCUUUUUCUUCAAUAUGAAGUAUUUCGAGGAUCAAGUUCAAGCAGGUGAAUGGGAUGAUGUUGAACGCUAUUUAAGUGGAUUUACAAAGGUUGAGGACAACCGCUAUUCUAUGAAAAUUUUCUUUGAGAUUAGAAAGCAGAAGUACCUUGAGGCUCUUGAUAGACAAGAUCGAGCUAAAGCAGUUGAGAUCCUUGUAAAGGAUCUCAAGGUGUUUGCCUCCUUUAAUGAAGAUCUUUUCAAAGAAAUCACUCAGCUAUUGACUCUCGACAAUUUUAGGCAGAAUGAGCAGCUCUCUAAAUAUGGGGACACAAAGUCAGCACGAAACAUUAUGCUAGUUGAACUUAAAAAGCUUAUAGAGGCAAAUCCAUUGUUCCGUGACAAACUCACAUUUCCUGCUUUCAAGGCUUCAAGAUUAAGAACACUCAUCAACCAAAGUCUUAACUGGCAGCAUCAGCUUUGCAAGAAUCCACGCCCAAAUCCAGAUAUCAAAACACUUUUUACUGAUCACACUUGUGCUUCAAGUAAUGGCACACGUGUGGGUCCUCCUACUAAUACCCCUCUUGCUGGACCGGUUCCUAAACCUGGUGUUUUUCCUCCUCUUGGAGGUCAUGGUCCUUUCCAGUCUGUUGUUUCUCCUCCUCCAAGUGCUAUUGCAGGUUGGAUGUCAAGUGCUAACCCGUCUAUGCCUCAUGCAGCUGUUGCUGCAGCUCCUCCUGGUCUUGUUCAGGCACCUAGUUCUGUCUCAGCUCCAUUUUUAAAACAUCCAAGAACUCCCCCACUUGCUGGUCCUGGAAUGGAGUAUCAGACUGCUGAUUCAGAGCAUUUGAUGAAACGUCUUAGAGCUGGACAGCCUGAUGAGGUGUCAUUUUCUGGUUCCACUCAUGCGCCUAAUAUCUAUUCACCAGAUGACCUUCCCAAAACUGUUGUACGGAGUUUGAGUCAAGGAUCAAAUGUUAUGAGCUUGGACUUCCAUCCCCAACAACAAACUGUCCUUCUAGUUGGAACAAAUGUUGGUGAUAUUAGCAUAUGGGAGGUUGGUUCCCGAGAAAGGUUAGCACUUAAAACAUUUAAGGUCUGGGAAAUAUCCGCUUGUUCAAUGCCGUUCCAAACAACUUUGGUUAAAGAUGCCACCAUAUCUGUCAACAGAUGUGUUUGGGGCCCAGAUGGAUCUAUACUCGGUGUUGCUUUUUCGAAGCAUAUUGUUCAGAUAUAUACGUAUAAUCCAGCUGGAGAGUUAAGACAGCACUUAGAAGUUGAUGCGCAUACAGGUGGUGUUAAUGACAUUGCCUUCGCUCAUCCUAAUAAGCAGCUCUGCAUUGUUACAUGUGGAGAUGACAAGACGAUUAAGGUAUGGGAUGCUGUUGCUGGGCGCAGGCUGUAUACAUUUGAAGGUCAUGAAGCUCCUGUAUACUCCGUCUGUCCUCACUAUAAAGAGAAUAUUCAGUUUAUAUUCUCUACAGCAAUUGAUGGGAAAAUAAAAGCGUGGCUUUAUGAUUCCUUGGGAUCCAGAGUAGAUUAUGAUGCCCCUGGACUUUGGUGCACGACAAUGGCAUAUAGUGCUGAUGGAACAAGACUCUUUUCUUGUGGAACCAGCAAAGAAGGUGAAUCUCAUCUUGUUGAGUGGAAUGAAAGUGAAGGAGCCAUUAAGAGAACAUACUCUGGUUUUCGGAAGCGUUCUUUAGGAGUUGUGCAGUUUGACACAACAAAGAACCGUUUCUUAGCUGCCGGUGAUGAGUUCCAGAUAAAAUUCUGGGACAUGGAUAAUACCAACAUGCUUACUUAUACGGAUGCCGAUGGAGGACUUCCUGCAAGCCCCAGAUUGAGAUUUAAUAAGGAAGGCUCAUUGCUUGCUGUUACAACGAGUGACAAUGGUAUUAAGGUACUGGCAAAUGCUGAUGGGCAGCGCAUGUUGAGAAUGCUGGAGACCAGAUCAUUGGAUGGUGCUCGUGGUCUUUCUGAAGCAGUAAACGUGAAACCUGCAAUUGCUGGUGCAUUAGGUCCUAUUGCUAAUGUUUCUGCUUCAGCAUCUCCUGCUGUUGAUCGUACUGAUAGAAUUCAACAACCAAUGUCCCUUGGCAAUCUGGCCACAAUGGAAAGCAGCAGGGCAGCUGAUGUAAAACCAAGGAUUCUUGAUACCACUGAUAAACUCAAAAGCUGGAAGCUCCCUGAAAUAUCUGAUUCAUCUCAACUCAAGACUCUGAAGUUGCCUGACCCCCUUGUAGCUAGCAAAGUUGUGAGGUUACUCUACACAAAUUCUGGGUUAGCGGUACUGGCGUUGGCUUCGAAUGCUGUUCAUAAGCUUUGGAAGUGGCAGCGCAAUGAGCGCAAUCCCUCUGGAAAGUCUUCUGCAUCUAGUGUGCCACAGUUAUGGCAGCCUAAUAAUGGGGCUCUCAUGUCUAAUGACCUGAAUGAUGCAAAACCAAACGAUGAUUCAGUUGCAUGUAUUGCCUUGUCAAAAAAUGAUUCUUAUGUGAUGUCUGCUUCAGGGGGAAAGGUCUCCUUGUUCAACAUGAUGACUUUUAAGGUCAUGACAACUUUCAUGCCACCCCCUCCUGCAGCAACUUAUCUGGCGUUUCAUCCUCAAGAUAACAAUAUAAUUGCAAUUGGAAUGGAGGAUUCGACAAUACAAAUUUACAAUGUCAGGGUUGACGAGGUUAAAACCAAGCUCAAGGGUCACCAGACAAGAAUCACAGGACUCGCAUUUUCACAGAGUUUGAACAUCCUGGUAUCAUCAGGAGCUGAUGCACAGCUGUGUAUCUGGAGCAUUGAUGGAUGGGAGAAGAAGAAAUCACGGCCUAUCCAGGCUCCUCCUGGCCACCCAACUCCCCUGGUUGGAGAAACAAGAGUUCAGUUCCAUAACAAUCAAUUGCAUCUGCUGGUUGUUCAUGAAAGCCAGAUUGCAGUUUGUGAUGCUCAACUUGAAUGCUUGCGAUCGUGGUAUCCAAGGGAUUCUCUCUCAGCGCCAAUUUCAAGUGCUAUAUACUCAUGUGAUGGCGUGUCGAUUUUUACUGGAUUUUGUGAUGGAGCUAUUGGAAUCUUUGAUGCCGAUAGCUUGAGCCUCCGAUGUCGGAUAGCACCAUCUGCUUAUAUAUCUUCUUCCAUUUCCAGCAACGGGGGUGCCUUCCCCGUGGUUAUUGCAGCACAUCCAUCAGAUCCAAAUCAAUUUGCACUUGGGAUGAGCGACGGUGCAGUUCAUGUAGUCGAGCCAUCAGACGGUGAGACAAAGUGGGGUGGAUCGACAUCCCAAGAUAAUGGAGCUGUGCCUUCAAUUCCUUCGAGCUCCGCUCUGAACAGUCAGCCAUCAGAAACCCCUUCCAGGUGACAUUUUGAGAGCACAACCAAAUACUGAAAGUCAUACACAGAGUUUUUCACAGGCUUUCCUGUUUAGCCUACUACUGUAAAGUCAUUCAUCCCUCUUCCUCGUCAUCUUGCCCCUGUUUUCUUCCCGAGUAAAGCGAGGUGAGGGGUCUGCUGUAUAUUGUUGGUUAACCAUGUCAUGUAUUUGGCUCACAGCUAUAGUCGCAUUUCAUGGUCCAUAAUUUUUAGUUGGACUUGGUUCACGCUUUCUAGUUAAACUCAUAACAGUUGCUAAUACUAAUCGUUUAUUUUUAUAGUGAAUCGAGUUAUAGUAUUUUUUUAAAA